AUCCAUCUUGACAAAUAUAGAUUCCGGUUUGGGCUUUUAAUAUAAAUACUCGAUGAAGAUGGGUCACAGGCAUCAUUCGAUCUUAGGCGAUCUAAUAACAUACAAACAUGUUCAAGUUGGUUGCUUUCACCGUUCUGCUGGCUCUGGCCGCCGCCGACCCCAAGGCCAAGCCUUACUACAGCAACUACGGCUACAACACCCCCCUGGCCUACUCCUCCCAAGUAGUCCACCACGCCACCCCCGUGGCCACCCAGCAGGUCCAAUACGCCACCCCUGUGGCCCAGCAGGUGUCUUACGCCACCCCGGUCGCCUCUCAAGUGUCGUAUGCCACCCCAGUGGCCCAGCAAGUGUCCUACGCUACCCCGGUCGCCCAGCAGUACACCUACGCUGCCGCUCCCGUCGCUAAGGUCGCCUACACCGCGCCCGUCGCCAAGGCCGUGACUUACGCCGCUGCUCCCGUCGCCCAGCAAGUGUCCUACGCUACUCCCGUCGCCCAGCAGGUGUCCUACGCUACCCCCGUGGCCCAGUACGCUACCCCCGUGGCUCAGCAGGUGUCUUACGCUACCCCCGUGGCCCAGCAAGUGUCUUACGCUACCCCUGUGGCCCAGCAGGUCUCCUACAAGGUCGCCGCCCCCGUGGCCUACGCCGCCGCCGCCCCCGUCGCCCAGCAGUGGUCCUACGCUCCCGUGCAGGCCCAGCAGUACGCCUACGCUCCCGUCGCCACCUACGGACAGGCCUACAACUACUACGGAGACUCCGCCUCCACCUUCCUCAUCAAGAAGAAGAAGUGAGAAGUUCCAACCUCCAACACGAAGCAACCGACCGAAACAUGAAUCACUUUGUUAUUAAAUAAAUAUUUCGUUGUCUAGCAA